AUGCAUUCCGUUCCAAGACGUACAAGAACUGCCGAGUCUGGAGCUUGUUCAAACUGCGUUAAGACGAGGCAGCGAUGUUACAUUGGAGUCAGCGGAGGCUCGUGUUCGUCUUGUCGUCGGGCCAAAUUGGACUGUGAUGCUCAUGAGAGCACAACUCCUCGUAGCGUGACUGAGGAGCCAUCCUCGUGGCUCACAUAUUGUCCCGAGGAUAUAUUCGCCUCGCAACUCAAACAGAGCGAGCGAGAAUGCAGCCUGAAGAACGGCAUGGCCGGGAAUCCUGCCGUCUUAUCAACCAUCCCCCUCGACUACCACAUCUCUAUCAUCAAUCAACUUUUCGGGCCCGCCUCCGACGCUCCACCGGCUGUCCACUUGCCGAGCUACCUGGCCGAUCUCCCAGGCAGACUGCACAGGGACGAUGUCGAGUAUCUUCGACGCAGUGGGGCGCUUGACCUCCCCAGCGACACGCUCCGCAACGAGCUACUAAAGAGCUAUCUGCUCUGGGUCCAUCCGCACAUGCCUAUCUUGGGGUUGCAUGAAUUUCUAUCAGCUGUCGCCAGCGAUAAUGAAUCUCAUCAAAUCGGUCUAUUGUUAUUUCACGCCGUGCUGUUUGCUGCGUCAGCUUUUAUCGAAGUAUGCCAUAUCCGUGCCGAGGGCUAUCCUUCGCGCGGUGUUUUUCGUGAGCGUCUAUCCCGGAAAGUGCAGGUGCUUCUCGAUCUCGCAUGCGAAGACGACCGUCUCGCUAAUGCUCAAGCGAUUCUGUUGAUGGUGUCUUAUCCUGAGCCGCACCGCGACCAGAAAGAACUUACCCACUGGUUGGGUAUCUGCAUCUCUAUGAUCAGCUCGAGUCAGACUCAAAUGAUCAAGACAAAUGCAAGAAAGCAACAAAUAUGGAGACGGACGUGGUGGUCCAUAUUCGAUCAUGUGCGGCUAACAUCGAGUAAUCUUCUUACUUUGAUGAACAUUCAAGGAAACGGCAGUCAAUGCGAAAUCCCUCUACCGAAUACGGCCGAUUUCAGAUUCGGUGCCUUAUCACCCAACGUCCAAACUUUGGUAGGCAGCUGCGACUUUCUCCGCGAUGUGCAGUAUCAACAGUUCCAAGCGAGGUUGUUCAUUGAGAAAUCCAAGCUCUGUCAGAUAGAACAAUUGCCCGGACUAUUAGAAGACUUAUCCGACUCACCCAGCCGCGAAGGGCGAUCUUCAGAUGCGGAAAACAAGGCCUCACCUACCGAAGUCGCCGAGUUUGCUCAGAAAUUGAGCAGAUGGCACGCACAAUUGCCACCGGCGCUUCAUCAUCAAUCACCGGCCUCAUCCGCUGUCACAGAGCUGGAGAAGUUCAUACUUGUCCAUCGUGCCUGGCUGCUCUUGCUUUAUCUCGCCUCGGCGUACGUCGCCUGCAGUCGCAGUGUAGGGAGGAACAGCCACGCAAAAGAGCACAUCCUAAACAAAAUCAGUCUCGUCUUCGAUGAACUGCAUCGCUUGAACCUCACCAACCUACUUCCUAUUUCCAGCAUCGCUAUUCUCGUUCCGGCACUGGAGUUUCACAUCAAGGCUGUCGAAUCGGCUUACCCUCAAACGAACGCAGCGAGUCAAAGAAUGCUCCAGCAAUACUCGGAAAUCCUGCAUCAAUUGCAAGAGAACUCUGCUCUUGCCGACCGCAUGAUUGCGAAAUUGAGCAAUGUCAUUGCUCCUAGAACUCCUCGGGGCGAUCUGACGAGAUUGAUCGCUUCAGAAUCCGCCAUGGUAGAACAAUCCGCCUCGCAUCCUGAUUUUGAACUAAAGGAAAAUGACGACUUGUACCUUUUCUUGGAAUCCGGCAUGUCCUUUGCAAAUGUUAUCCCGUCGGCAGAUAACAGUGCAACCAUUGGGGUUGAUCCGCCCCUCAGUAAUGAGAGCUAUCUUGCACAAUUUUUGUGA